AUGUACGAGCAUACUGCGCAUAUUCUCAACAGUCGGAGGCGGCAGACUACCCGGGCCGAGGCGACCCGAGCCGAGCUCACCCCGACGGCGGCGGAGCCUGGAAACAUCCCCGAGCGAGCGACCGUAAGCGACGACAAGCUCAUGGCGACAAGCUCAUGGCGACAAGCUCAUAUCGAUCCCAGUUACGACGUCCUCCUCUCUCUCAGGCUGAACGGGAGGGGUACUGCCAGGACCCCCUCCGUUGCUGCUCCGGUUCCUUAUAAGUUAGCCCGGGCGAGCGCAGCCUCGCACAACACCAACCUACGCCGUCUGGGCGCGCGGUAG